UCUGAGAGGGUGCUGGAGGACCUGGGGCCUUUCUCCCUCUCUCAGUCUCUGUCCCUCCUCCAGUGGCUCACCCGGGAGCAGGGCGGGGCUCUAGGACAGCCCAGCGGGAAGCCAGGAGGGGGAAAAGCGGCCGCCGCCCGCCCGGGACCAGGCUGGGUGGAAAGAGAAAAGGAGAGGAAAAGGGCGGCUGGGGCCGCAGCUCGGAGCUCAGCCCCGGGAGCGAGAGCAGCGACGGCAGCGGCGGCGGCAGCGGCGGCCACAGCGCCCUGGAGCCACGGCCGAGGCAGCAAUGGGGCUGGAAACCGAGAAGGCAGACACCCAGAUCUACAUAGACGAGGAUUCCUACAGCCGCGACAGCGGUCCCGACUACCCGGAGCCCGAGAAAUACGUGAAGUCCAUCCAGGACCGCGAUCCACGCGGCCUCAACACGCAGCUGAAGCUGGGCUUUGAGGAUGUGAUUGCGGAGCCCGAGUCUGCCCACAGUUUUGAUAAAGUUUGGAUCUGCAGCCAUGCCCUCUUUGAAGUCAGCAAGUACCUGAUCUACAAGGUCCUCACUGUGCUCCUGGCUGUCCCAUUGGCCUUUGUGGCAGGAAUUUUCUUUGCGACUCUCAGCUGCCUGCACAUCUGGUUUGUGAUGCCUUUUGUAAAGACCUGUUUAAUGGUCUUGCCAUCAGUGCAGACGGUAUGGAAGAGCAUUACAGAUGUUCUCAUCGCUCCUGUGUGUAAAAGCAUGGGGCUCAUCUUCUCUUCAGUCAGCCUGAGACUAGGUUCUGAGUGAAUAAUAUGGACCCUGCUGCUGGAAACCUAAUAUACUGCAAUACUUUAGGUUGCUGUAACAUAAAAGUACUACUGUUCAUUUCCAAACUGUUCUAUUUAAGAUGUUUGUUUUUUAAAGGGAAACAAAUGUAUUUGGGACUUUAAAAAUUGGAAUGAAUUUCUUCCUGGGUAAUAGUUUUGCAAUUUAUUAGCUAUAUAGUUCAUAUCUAGCAUUUUAUACUAGAGUUAUACAAAUGGUUGGAAACACCUACUUUUAAUGGAAUACAAUUUUUGUCUUUUAGGACAGAAGUUUACAUUUUAUGGCAAUUGUUAAUUUGAACUAUGAGUAACAUAGUUGAAAUAUUUAGGUAUAUAUUUCUCAAAAAGUCAUGAGGGGCGGCUAGGUGGCACAGUGGAUAAAGCACCGGCCUUGGAUUCAGAAGUACUUGAGUUCAAAUCCGGCCUCAGACACUUGACUUACUAGCUGUGUGACUCUGGGCAAGUCACUUAACCCCCAUUGCCCAGCAAAAAAAAAAAAAGUCAUGAAAGCCAGAGAGGGACACUAUAAACAUUAUAAUGUAGAAACUACAGAAGCACAAGCAGGUAGUAAUAUAUACUACAAUAACAUGAGAACAUGUAAAUGUGAAAAACAGAUCCAUGAAAAGGAUGAGAGGCAGCAUGGUCUGGUGGAGUGGAAUAUACACUUCAAGUACCCAAGUUCAAAGUUGCCUCUGCUAUUUGCUAUUAAAGUGACUUUGGGCAAGACACUGACCCUCUCUGAGCCUCAGCUUCCUCAUCUAAAAAUGAGAAUGUAAUUGGAUGAUCUCUAAUGCCCCUUUAAGUUGUCAUCAAAUCCUAUAAUUAUAUCCCUUUAAAUAAGUUGUUACUUAAUUGGGGUUACCUAAGUUGUUACCUAAUUCUUUAACCUGCUGCCCUAUUUAAGAAGAGGUUCUAUUUUAUUGUAUAUUUUGUACUUAAUGUAAAUGUUGCUCUAUCAGUUUUCCAUAAAGCACUUUGUUAUUUUAAUCUUGUAGAGUUAUUAAGCUGAAUGGAGUCAUCCAUAUGUGAAUCACAUACAAGAAAAGAAAGAAAUUUAGAUGAGGGAGAUUGCACUGAACUGAUUAUAUAAAGCAUAUAUUUUUCUUUAAGACAUUAAUGUAAAGGUUUCUUAUUGGACAAUGUAGGAAAAAAGAGUCUAAAAUAUGUUUUAUGAGUAAUGCUUAUAGUAAAAAUGGAUCACAAUUAAACCCUACCUAAUUAUUAUCAUUGGUCAUGAAUUAAUAUUUCAAAUAAUAUAUGCCCAAAUGAUACUUUCUUGUUUUCAGACACUUGAAGAAAGCUUUCUAUCCUAUAUUCAGUUACUAAACUUAUAUUUGACAUUCCUAUUCCCUGUUUGUUUUUCCUUUAAGUGACUAUGGUGCUGUUUGACAUACUUUUUGUUUUGCUGAAAAUUUACCAUAAAAAGGCAAUUUCUACUGCACUUAUCUAUUGCUGCAUUUAUUCUUUGACCAGAAUGACACAUAUAUACAGUAGUGCAUGCGGGUUGCAUGGAAUGCCCACUGAGUUAUGUGCCUCUGAGCUUCCUAUGCAGAUUAGCAAGUUAAAGCAACGAGUUGUUUGUGAUAUGUAAUGCAAAAUGGAUCUAUGUGGUGGCACAGUAAAUAGAGGACCUGGUCUGGAGACAGGAAUACCUGAGUUCAAAUCUAGCUUCUGACACAUACUAUCUAUGUGGUUUUGGGCAUGUUACUCUGUUUGUCUCAGUUUCCUCAACUAUAAAAUGAGGCUAAUAAGUACACCUAGCUCACAGGGUUGUUGCGAGGAUCAAAUGAGAUAUUUUUUUGUAAAGCACUUAGCAUAGUGCCUGGCACAUAGUAGGUGCUAUAUAAAUGCUUAUUCCCUUCCCCCUUAUCACUUGGGAGCUAGGUAGCUCAACUUCAAUAUUGAAGUUUGGGUGGGAAAUACUUUCAUUCCAAAAUGACAGGCAUAUCAGAGGCAUAUGUAGCUAUAGUAAUGUGACUCAUUUUCUCAUUAAAUGCAAAAAACAGAGCCUAUGUAAGGACAGUGGCCUUGACUCCUCUCAUUUUAAGACUCUACAGGGUAUCCCAGAAAUUUUAGAUCAGUUUUAAGCUUUAAAACUGCAGUAAGAUUUCUGCAAUACCUUGUGUUUUUCUUUUUCUUUUUUAAGGUGAGGCAACAUAAUCUGAUAGCAAGCUGGCUUUGAAAUCAGGAAACCUAAAUUCAAGUCUUUCCUAUGACAGAUGUCUGGAUAUGUGUUUCUUGAGAAAUUCUCUAAGACUUUUAAAGUGCAGAGUAGCUGCAGAACUGCAUUAGUGGAGAGAAUGUUUCCACAUUGGAGAAUACCUUAUACUAAUGGAAUUCCAGAGAGACAAUUUUCUUUUUCAAUACACCCAAUAGUGACAAGAGUCUUUAUACUUUAGGGCCAUUUUGACUUCUGCAACAAUCAGAAGAGUUAAUGGAGCCACAUUUAAUAAAUAAGGCUAAUGAUGAACCUGGCUAAUACUAUUUGGGGUUAAAAACAAAUGGUAAUUAUAAUUUUAUUAUGUGGUUCUUAAAACUGACUUCUAAGGCAAUUCUAGAUAGGUUGUAGAGUGGAAUAGAAUCUUAGUCUUGGAGUAAGGAAGAAUUGGAUUCAAGGCAUGAACAUGAAUUCAAAUUCAAAUUAGAAAUGAUGGUCUGGUUGACCCUGGAAAAAGCACUUAAUCUAUUGUAGCCUUUCUUUCCACAUCUGUAAAAUGUAGGAAUUGGACUUGAAUGACAUUUAAAAUCUCUUUCAGUUCUACUUCUGUGAGCUCUAAUUUAUAAGAGGUCUAAAAAUACAUUAGAUAAUGGCAACAUUACUGCUAAAUGUGACUAAUUCAAAGUCAAUACACACAUAAACAUUCUUUUAUAUAUACAUAGUCUUUUUUACUUUAUAAUCACAACUGAAAAUGCCUCAGAAUUUGUUUGGAAAUACUGAAUAAUCUAGUUGGAAACAAGUCAAUAUAUUCACUUUUGCCUCACUAUGAUAUUUAACUUAGUACUAUAAAUCAUGAUGCUCUUCUAUUCUUUUAGAUAGUUAUUUGGCAAAUUUUUUUCAUUCCUUUUUUUAAAAAAUAAUCACUACAAUAGGGAUUUGUAAUAGAAUUGCAUUUGGAUGCACCGACUAACCAGAACCUAGUUAUCAAAUGGAGUAGCACAAUUCCUGUUUCUAACAGUGUUAAUUACUUCCAAGGUAUAGUUUAUUGGAGUUUUUUAUUAAGUACUGUAUUUUAUGGAAAUGAGGUGGAUUUAUUUUUAAUGUGAGUCAAGGCAACUAUGCUGUCCAUAAUAAACUUGUUAAAACUCAAAAAA